GCCCCGCCGCCCUCCCGGCAGCCGCCGCGCGGAGGGGAAGGCGGUGCUGAGGGGCCGCCAUGGCCGCGUACCUGACGCACCAGCAGAAGGUGCUGCGGCUGUACAAGAAAUCCCUGCGGCACCUCGAGUCCUGGUGCAUCUACCGGGACAAGUACCGCUACUUCGCCUGCCUCCUGAGGGAGCGCUUCGAUAAGAACAAGGAUGUGAAGGACAUGGUGAAAGCCACCCAGCUGCUGAGGGCGGGCGAGGAGGAGUUCUGGGCCAACCAGCACCCGCAGCCCUACAUCUUCCCCGACUCCCCCGGGGGCACUUCCUACGAGAGAUACGAGUGCUACAAGAUUCCUGAAUGGUGCUUGGAUUUCUGGCAUCCUUCUGAGAAGGCAAUGUAUCCUGAUUACUUUGCCAAACGAGAGCAAUGGAAGAAGCUGCAGCAAGAGAGCUGGGAAAAAGAGAUUAAGCAGCUGGAGGAGGAAACCCCAGCGGAUGGUCCAAAAACCGAAGCUUUGCCUCCAGCUCGGAAGGAAGGGCACCUGCCCCCGCUGUGGUGGCAGUAUGUGACACGGCCCCGCGAAAUACCCAUGUAAAGGCACGUCGGGUCUGUCUGCUGUAAGCAGUUCACAUGUCAGUGACCAUGUGCUUCUCUAAGUAAUAAAGAAUAAAACCAAAUAAAAGUAACAGA